CAUAGUUUUGGUGCAAUGACAAGGUACUGGAAUGGGUUUCUAGUGUCAAGUUGCUCGACACAUGUAUACCGUAACAUAACCGCACUCCAGUAACGAAGCAGGUAUGCAGUAAUCCAGAGACUAUGGUCUGCAGAUAGUCCCAAUGAAGGCUGAUAGCUGUAAUGGUACACAAACGGAAACAAGCAUGUAUGCUGAGCCCACAAUGAGACGUGUUGCAGUGCUGCACAAAAUACUGCGGAAUUCAUUUAUAACGCAACAGCAUGCUGCUGUCAGUAGGCAGCAUAUUAAAUAUUACUCAAGCAAAUAUCAUGUCACAAUUGGUGAUGUAACAAAGGAGGUGAAACCAGCAAGGAAUCCUCAGUUUGUCCCCCUUAAUUACUUGAAGAAAGAACUGUCUCAGGAAUCUUUACAUCAUUUGCGAUGGAUGCUCCAGAAGGAUCUUUUAGGUCAAGACAUUUUCCUAAUUGGUAGACCUGGUCCUCUUCGUCGUCAGCUAGCAAUGCAGUAUCUUGAAAUGACGGGCCGUGAACUGGAGUAUUUGGCCCUAUCACGAGAUACCACAGAAGCUGACCUGAAACAGCGCAGAGAAAUACAAAAUGGAACUGCAGAGUAUUUUGAUCAGUGUGCAGUGAGGGCUGCAAUAGAAGGAAGAAUUCUGAUACUGGAAGGUAUAGAGAAGGCUGAGCGAAAUGUCCUGCCUAUCUUAAACAAUUUGCUGGAGAACCGAGAGAUGAAUUUGGAGGAUGGACGUUUCUUGAUUCCAGCUUCGCGAUAUGAUAAGCUGCUAAAGGAAUAUAGUCCGGAGGAGUUGGAUCGAUGGGAUCUUGUUCGAGUGAGUGAAGAUUUCAGGGUGAUAGCGCUUGGAAUUCCUGUUCCACGAUAUCUGGGAAAUCCUUUGGAUCCUCCACUACGAUCACGUUUCCAAGCCAGAGAUAUCAGUGGGCAUGCAUUCAAAGAGCAACUGGAACUACUACAACACUCUGCACCAAAUGUGGAUCCAGCACAAAUGUCGCAGUUAUUGUCAUGCUGCUAUUCUUUACUUUCUCCAGAGGCAUCCCUCCUUGGGCUGCCAGAUUUUCCUGUUGAUAGUUUACCAGCGGCUGUAAAAUUGAUGGAGAAAUUACCAGGCCUGUCACCAUAUGAGAUCCUGUAUCGUUUGUACCCAUAUAAUAGUUUUCUGUCAAGGGAAGGGAAACAAUCGGUUGAGGGUCUAUUGGCGACUUUCAACCUCCAAACAGUUAAGAAGAAUAUCUCAACAAGUAUACAGCAUGUUAUUCCAAAUUCUCAGGAUCAUUCUGCACAAGUGAGGAUGAAUUAUAAUAAUCAGCAGCAACAGUUUCAGGUAGAAUGUGGAAUUGGAGAACGAGCACCUUCUGUAGCAAAUUUCAUUCAAACUACAUACCAGGAGCAGUUGCUGGCUCAACUACUUCAGUCACAUCUGAUAGGAGACUUCUGCAUCAUUGGACCUAGAGGCUGUGGGAAAAGUGCUACUGUUAAAACACUGGCAGCUCUGUUGAAUUAUCAGAUAGAACCAAUUGUUCUCUAUCAGGACAUGACUUCACGAGAUUUGCUUCAACAACGAUCAACUCUUCCAAAUGGGGACACGAUAUGGCAAAACUCUCCCCUGGUUACUGCUGCUCUUGAAGGCAAGAUGGCAGUGCUAGAUGGUAUCCACAGAAUCCAUCCCAGCACUCUGUCCACUAUUUACAGGUUAGUCCAUGACCGAGAGCUGCAACUUCAUGAUGGACGUAGACUUGUCCGAUGUGAUCGCUUUGAUGAAUAUAAAACUCGUCACAGCCUGUCAGAGCAGCAGCUAUAUGACUCAGGACUUCUAAGGAUUCAUCCAGCUUUCCGCAUAGUGGCUCUUGCUGAGCCUCCUUCUGAAGGCAACAGGGCUGGUCAGUGGCUAACUGCUGAGAUUCUCAGUCUUUUCCUUUUUCAUGAGAUGAGACCACUUGCUCUGCAUGAAGAGAUUCACAUCGUUAAAUCCUUGUAUGGUGAAGUUGGUAAGUCGCUGGCUAGUGUCAUGGAACUAGCUCACAAACUUAGAGCAUCAGAAGAUCCAACUCUGCAGUCAUUAGCUGGAUCUCUGUCUACAAGACAACUACUACGUAUUGCUCGACGCAUGGCUGUGUAUGCAGCAGACAGUCCAGCUGCAGCUAUCCAACAAGCCUGCUUGUCAAGAUUCCUCCCAUCACUUGCCCGCCAGGCCUUGGACACAGUUUUGAUUGAUGCUGGUAUCAGUGCUGCAACUCAAACAAGUGACUCUACUUCAAAGGUCUGUGAGGUGCAGGAUAAUGUAGUGAGAAUUGGAAACACAACUGCCCCUAGGUAUCAAACCUCUGCUAGUAGCAAGGUGCCAGAUGUGUUGUUCUUUGAUGUACCUCAGCAUGUAUCCACACUGGAGUGGCUUCUACAGGACUUCUCACUUGGUGAACAUCUACUGCUUGUUGGUAAUCAAGGUGUUGGCAAGAACAAACUGGCUGAUCGACUGCUACAGUUGCUUAAUCGUCCUCGUGAAUAUAUCCAGCUGCACAGAGACACAACUGUUCAAACGCUAACACUUCAACCAACUGUAAGGGAUGGCGUUGUAAAAUAUGAGGACUCACCAUUGGUUCAAGCUGUUAAGUAUGGCCAUGUUCUCAUUGUGGAUGAGGCUGACAAGGCUCCCACACACGUCACGUGUAUCCUCAAGACAUUGGUAGAAUCUGGUGAAAUGAUUCUUUCUGAUGGCCGGCGUCUGGUUCCUCGUUCAGAUCCCAGAGUUCACAGCAAUUCUCCAUCCAUCAUUCCUAUUCAUCCAGAAUUCAGGAUGAUUAUUCUUGCCAACCGUCCGGGCUUUCCAUUUCUUGGCAAUGAUUUCUUCGGAGCUUUAGGAGACUUAUUCAGCUGUCAUGCUGUAGACAAUCCAAGCCCAGAAUCUGAACUUUCACUGCUAGAGCAGUAUGGUCCUAACGUUCCUGGUAAAGUAAUUGUGAAAUUAGUGAAGGCCUUCAGUGAACUUCGGAACAUGGCAGAUCGAGGUCUGGUCCAGUAUCCAUACUCAACAAGGGAGGUUGUCAACAUUGUCAAACACCUUCAGGAAUUUCCUAAUGAGAGCUUAGCAAGUGCGGUGCGCAACGUGUUUGACUUCGACAGCUAUAGUAAGGAAGUCCAAGAGAUUCUAGUGCAGACAUUACAUAAAUAUGGCAUCCCUAUAGGAGCUGACCCCUCCAACGUGAACUUAGCUAAAGAGCUGCCACUGCCUCAUGCACAUCUAGCUGGACAAUGGACUGUCAUGCAUUCACUGGAGCCACUUCAGCUUGCUGUUGAAGAAAGAUUCUUGAAAAUGAAGGCUCCCAAGAUCCUUAGGCAGUACCACCAUCCUCUGGAUAGGGUUGAAGCCAGGGCUGCUGUUUUCAGUGAGAUGCAGUCUUAUUGGUCCAUACCAAUUAAAGAAACUGCCAUUGUUGCGGGACUUACAGUUAGUAAAGGUACAGAGCUGCAGGAAGACUGGGUUCAUGUUCUGACUUCGAACCCACUGACUCUCUUUACAAUGAGGCUGUCAGGUGGAAUUAUCGAGGAGUUGUCGCUCCAAGGUUUAAUUACUCCAGUGCGAGGUGCUCGACCCCUCUUUACACUCUCGCCAUUAGAUAAUGGUGAACGACUGCUAAUACAUGAGGAAACAUCCAACAGCCUUGUAAUGGUAGACUUGACUGCUAGAAGGGCGAGCCAUAUACCACUGCUGUCCACUUUCAAGUCAACCAGGGAUAGUUUUGUCCGGACUCUUGGAGCUGAAAUUGGCAACUGGCACAUAAUGACAGCUUUGCUAGGUCAGACAAACUGUGUGAUUCUUUAUGAGAUUGGAGGUAGCAAAGCUGAAGUUGUGAAUGUCAGUACCAUGACAGCUCUGACAUUCUGUCUUCCUUUUCAUGUUAGCUCCAUAAAUUUACCUUCCAUUGAUAAAUGGCUCAUAGAAGAUACUGCAAGCAAGAAGUAUGUGCUAUCAAAAGCCACUCCUACAGACCCAUGUCCAAGUUUGCUACAGCCAAUUGAAGACACGUGUAAUACUUCCAUGCUUGGAUUUAUUGGUGCUUGUGACUCUGAAAGUCUACCAUUCGACAUGCUUAGUGAAGCCCUUAGCCAAAAAAUAAAUGCUCCUAACCGUGUACUCUGUACUGACCAUACAUAUGCUGCAAUUUCUGUUGGCUUCCCUGAGUUAGACCAGACAGGAAAUGAGCUGUAUGUGUGGCCACGACAAGAUAAACUUCCAGGGAACUCUGGAACUGCCAUCAUUCUUAGAGACUGCGGUCAGAUUGUGCGUCCUGUAAGUUCAUCUCAAGUGCCAAAAGAGCUGAUCUCUUCAGAGAGUGUUCAGCCUGUUGUGUCAGGUUAUUUGGAGAUUACUGACCUGGUGAACCACAAGUUGCGCUACCUAUCUGUACCGCAGCCAAUUGCUGUCUCACCUGUUACUUCAUGGCUGUACUCAAGUUCACAGCUGCCCAUGUACCUUGCAGCAGGCAGCAAUCAGGGCCUAGUGACUGUGGAUGCUGGUGGCUGCAUCAGACUUUGGGAGACAUCUCUGUUUAGUUUAGAAAAAUCUCUAUCGGAAUGGAGGCAAAUGAUUGGUUCUGAACGCAAAUACUUGCAGCUCACAGUAGAACGACCCAGUGGAUUAGAUGUCACUGCACCAAAACAUGGUAAAGUGGAUGAAACUGGAGCCCCUCAUGUGGGAGGAAAUACAUGGGCUGGAGGCACAGGUGGUAGGGAUACAGCAGGUCUUGGCGGGAAGGGAGGCCCUUAUAGAUUGGAUGCAGGUCACAAGGUUCAUCAGGUUACACAAGCAGAGAAAGAUGCAGUGCCAGAGCAUGUGAAGAAAGCUGCACGUGAAAUGGGACAGAGAGCUUUCAAGCAGCGGUUACAUGAAAUCAAGAUGAGCGAGUAUGAUGCUCAGUUAUAUGGACAGUUCUCAGAUGCUGUGAGCAGACAGGUACAAGCUCUGAGGGUGAUACUCAACAGUCUGCAAGCUAAGUCAAAGGAACGACAGUGGCUGCGGCAUCAGACCUCUGGAGAACUGGACGAUACCAAACUCAUUGAAG